CUGCUGCCGUGUGUCAUGUUUGCAGAGGAUGUGAGGGGCCUUCGUCGUGAGCUGCUGGCUGUAAGAGCUCUCAGCCAGCAGCAAUGUGAAGACAUGGCUGAACAGCUCCGCUGGGCACAAGAGCAGUGCUGCAAGGCUCUGAGACUCUGGCAAUCUGCCCAGGAAGAGGAAAAAAGGAAUCUCGAGCAAAAACUGGAGAGACAACUGGAAGAGCAGCAUGUGGAGGCACGGAAGCAGCUGGAGGAACGGGCAAACUUCCUGGCAGAGAUGCUGCAGGAAGAGCAGCGUCAGAAGAUUGCUGUCAUCCACAAGGUGUACCAGCUGCAGAGAGAGCUGAAGCAAAGUGAGCAGCUGAGGCAGAGGCUGAAUGAGCAGUGGCAGAACGGGCAGGUCAUGCUGCAGGCUGAGCUGCAGGAAGCUGAGAGGAAGAUGAUGGCAAUGGAGAAGAGGCACCAAGAGGAAAUGGAAAGGAUGCACAAGGUCCUGCUGCAGUGCAGGCUGACUGAAGAAAAGCAGCUGGACAGAAGGACACUUCCUGGACUGCUGAAUCUCAGCUGCUGCCCUGGGCAGCAGGGCUAG